AUGAUGCAGCAUCCCCUGGAGCUGGGGGCUCAUUAUCUGCCUCACGAGCCGAUCCAUGACUACAGGUCACACCGGUACAGGAGCUUUAUGAUCGAGGAGAUACUGACUGAGCCCACGGGCUCAGGCAAAGCCACGAGUGGGGGCGAGCUCCUCAAAUUCGGUGUUCACGCUCUGCUCAACAGUCGGCCCUACCACAGCCAUCUAGCAGGCCUGAAAUCAGAUCAUGCUGGAGUUUUCAAGUUUCCGUUGGGUCCGAUCUCAUGCAGUCUUGCUGCUCCUCUGGGUUCAGCCUUGGUAUCCGGAGGAUCGAGCCUGGGUAGUGGUCCCGGAGGUCCCCAUCUUCCGCUAGACCUGCACCUCCGCUCAAAGCUGGAACAAGGUCCAGAACCAGGAAACAAGGCAAAAAAGGGCAGGAGGAGCCGAACGGUCUUUACUGAACUACAAUUAAUGGGUCUCGAGAAAAGAUUUGAAAAGCAGAAAUACCUUUCAACACCAGACAGAAUAGAUCUGGCAGAGUCUCUGGGUCUUAGUCAACUUCAGGUGAAAACUUGGUACCAAAACCGAAGAAUGAAGUGGAAGAAAAUAGUAUUGCAAGGCGGGGGUCUGGAGUCCCCAACAAAGCCCAAAGGUCGCCCAAAGAAGAAUUCCAUUCCUACAAGUGAACAACUUUCAGAACAAGAGAAGAUAAAAGAAGGCGAGAAACAGGUGGAGAAUUCUCCAUCACCUUCCGAAGUGAAUCAGGAAGAAUAA